UUAUUUACUUUUAUUCGCAAUGAGUUUAGCUGAAAUAAAGAAAAAAGAAACAAAAGGCAAGAAAAAUGCAUUGCCCAAACUGCGGACGCUGCUUGUUAAUCCACACAAGCAACACUGUCCUGUGCUACCAGAAAAUGAAUUGCUGGAAUUUACCAACAUAAUAAAACUGGCCAUCAACGCUAGUCCGCAUGAAAAGAAAGUAUAUGCGACAAAGAGUGGUAUACACUUAGGACUGGAGAGUUCUUUGCGAGCAAUUAACGCACAGUCAUUUAGUUGUGUAUUUAUAUCGCUAAGCUUGAGGCCAGCCCAUUUGAUACGUCUAAUAGCAACAAGUGCUACGGUUAAGACACCAACAGCGCCUAUUUAUGCACAGCCCAGACUGGAGGAGUUAACAUAUGAAUUGUUUGGAGUGCGUGCAUUAACAAUGGUGUUGCCGCUAGACUUGGAAGCUAUAAGCCAUGACAUGGAAAUGUGGAUAGCGGCGCAUAAAAAACCACUGUUGGUAAAAGAAAAAAUAAAAAUUGUGCCCACUAAGAAUGUAAAGAAACCAAAGACGGAGGCAAAAAUCAAAGUGCAGAAGCAAAUUGAACCAAAAACUAUCUUGCCCUCCGUUAAGGAGAAUUCUUGGAGCGGCGAUUACAUAUCAUGCUCCAAUGAUAACAAUAUCAUAUUACUCGACCAGCAGGAUGUACAGCUGGAAACACAAAGAUUAGGCGCAGCGCUAAGCAAUAUGGUAAUGAAAGCAAAGCAAACUAAAACCAGCUCUAACCCAACCACGCCAGCAACAAUAACUACAUCUGAAUCACUGGUACCUCAGCGCAUGGAUGUAGAUAGCGACGAGGAUACUUUUUUGCCAGCUGAUUUAGCAGUGUAUAAAUCGCUGACAGUUCACCAGAUGCGCGCCAAUCCAGACAAGAAACCCAAGAAGAAACGCAACAAAAACAAAACAAAAACUGCAAAGUAGUUGGCAACGCGAUGUAAUCAGCU